CAUUACUUUUCGGUUACCAGUCACCUUCAGGCCAUUCAGAGGAGGGAAGAGUGGGAAAUAUGAAGUCAGCCAAGCCCCAUGUGAACCACAGUCAGCAUGGGGAAAGCCAGCAGGCCCUGGGCCCUGUGCAGUCUGCUGCAUCUGCUUCCCAGGUGUAUGAAACCUAUAUCGAUAAUGGACUCAUAUGCCUUAAACACAAAAUUAGGAACAUCGAGAAAAAGAAGCUCAAACUGGAAGAUUAUAAAGAUCGCCUAAAAAAUGGAGAGCAGCUUAACCCAGACCAGUUGGAAGCAGUGGAAAAGUAUGAAGAAGUACUACAUAAUUUGGAAUUUGCCAAGGAGCUUCAGAAAACCUUUUCUGCAUUGAGCCAAGAUUUACUGAAAGCGCAGAAAAAGGCCCAGAGAAGAGAGCACAUGCUAAAACUUGAGGCCGAGAAGAAAAAACUUCGAACUAUACUUCAAGUUCAGUAUGUGUUACAGAACUUGGCACAAGAACAUGUGCAGAAAGAUUUAAAAGGGGGCUUGAAUGGUGCAAUGCAUUUGCCUUCAGAAGAACUUGACUACCUCAUUAAAUUUUCGAAACUGACCUGCCCCGAAAGAAAUGAGAGUCUGAGUGUUGAAGACCAGAUGGACCAGUCAUCCUUGUACUUUUGGGACCUUUUGGAAGGUAGCGAGAAAGCAGUGGUAGGAACCACAUACAAACAUGUGAAAGAUCUGCUGUCUAAGCUGCUGAACUCAGGUUAUUUUGAAAAUGUCUCAGUUCUCAAAAACUCUAAGGAAAAAGAGGAAGAAAUGCUCAUGCAAUCAGGAAAGAAGAAACAAUUACUGAAGACUGAAUCUAUCAAAGAGUCAGAGUCUCCUGUGCAAUUUGUGCAGCCUGAGAUACAACCACAGGAGUUUCUUAACAGACGCUAUAUGACAGAAGUAAAUUACUCGAGAAAACAAGAAAGAGAGGAACGAUCUUGGGAAGCAGAUUAUGCUAGAAAACCAAAUCUCCUCAAAUGCUGGAAUAUGCAUCCUGAACCAGAUGGUCAAGAGAAGAAACAGGAGUCCUUGGAGUCUUGUGUCAAGUCUCAGGAGGUAUCAAAGCCUGUGGUUUCCUUAGAUCAGGGCUAUCUCAGGCCAACACUGCAGGAAGAGCAGAAGCAGCAGAUUUCUGUGACACCUGUCAGUCAGUGGAAGCCAGAAACCCCUAAACCCAAAGUGGGCAGCCCUCAAGAAGUGCUGAACACACAGGAGACACCAAAGCCAUGGGUAGUUAAGUCACAGAAAGAACAAAACCCAAAGAAGCUACCGCCUGGAUCCUGGACAGUCUCUGUGCAAAGUGACCAGAGCAGCAGCAGGUCCUGGACCGCUCUGUGCGGAGAACAGGAUUCGAUGGAGCCUGGGACUCCAGUGUCCUGGGAAAACAAUGCUGAGAACCCGAAACACUCUUUAGCACCACAGUCACAGAUUUCUUUAAAGCCCUGGGGAGCAGCUUCAGCAGACCUGUUACCAAAUGACCAGCUCCUGUCCAGGAAGUUAAAUGUAGAAUCCAAAGAUGUGCCUAAGUCCAUGACUCAGCCUAUAGACUCUUCCUCUGCCUUUCCAAAGGAUCCUCUGUUGAGGAAAGAAAAACUGCAGGACCUCAUGACCCAGAUUCAAGGAACUUGUAACUUUAUGCAAGAAUCUGUUCUAGAUUUUGACAAACCCUCAAGUGCAAUUCCAUCAUCACAGUUGCCUUCAGCUUCUCCAGUUUCUCCAGUAUCUGCAGAACAAAAUUUGUCCAAUCAAAGUGAUUUUCUUCAAGAGACAUUACAGGUGACUUCCACAGUUACUUGUAGCUCAAAUGCUUGCUUGGUUACUACUGAUCACGCUUCUUUGGAAACCGAAACAGAAUUUAUGACCUCAGAGACUUCUGAGAUGGCGGUUUCCCCCAGCAAGCCAGCGCCUGCACUUUCUCCUCCAGAUCCCCCCUUGUCAAAGGGCUUCCAGUUACCUCCUGCAGGUGGAAUUUCAGCAGCCAUUAGCACAGUACCCUUUCAAGCCAUGCAGACAGUGUUUAAUGUUAAUGCACCUCUCCCUCCACUGAAAGAACAAGAAAUAAAAGAAUCUCCUUAUUCACCUGGCUACAAUCAAAAUUUUACUUCAACAAGUACACAGACUAUAACCCAAUGCCAGCUCCCAGCUAUACACAUAGAACAGACAGCCCAACCUCCAGAGACUGCUGCAGGUUACCAUCCUGAUGGAACUGUCCAAGUAAGCAAUGGUAACCUUGCCUUUCACCCAGCACCCACAAGUAUGUUUCCCAGACCUGCUCAGCCGCUCAUCAGUGGUCGGGGGUCUGUAAGAGGAUGUACACGCGGAGGGAGGUUACUAAUGAAUCCAUAUCGGUCUCCUGGUGGCUACAAAGGUUUUGAUAGUUACAGAGGACCCCCUUCAGCUUCCAAUGGGAAUUACAGUCAGCUGCAGCUGCAAGCUAGAGAAUAUCCUGGAACACCUUACAUUCAGAGGGAUAAUUUCCAGCAAUGUUAUAAAACAUCUAGUGGUCUUCAGGCCAAUUCAAAAGCAGGGUGGAGCGACUCCUCUCAGGUGAGCAGCCCAGAGAGAGACAGCGAGAUUUUUAACAGUGGAGACUCUGGGCAAGGAGACUCCCGGAGCAUGACCCCUGUGGAUGUGCCAGUGACAAGCCCAACAGCUGCCAUCCUUCCAGUACACGUCUAUCCCCUGCCUCAGCAAAUGCGAGUUGCCUUCUCAGCUGCCAGAACAUCCAAUCUGGCUCCUGGAACUUUAGAUCAACCUAUUGUGUUUGAUCUUCUCCUGAACAAUUUGGGUGAGACCUUUGAUCUUCAGCUUGGUAGAUUCAAUUGCCCAGUGAAUGGCACGUAUGUUUUCAUUUUCCACAUGCUAAAGCUGGCUGUGAAUGUACCACUGUAUGUCAAUCUCAUGAAGAAUGAGGAGGUCUUGGUGUCAGCCUAUGCCAAUGAUGGUGCUCCAGACCAUGAGACAGCUAGCAACCAUGCCAUUCUCCAGCUGCUCCAGGGAGACCAGAUAUGGUUGCGCUUACACAGGGGAGCAAUUUAUGGAAGUAGCUGGAAAUAUUCUACAUUUUCAGGUUAUCUUCUUUAUCAAGAUUGAAAUUAAGUUCAGAAUAAAAGAAUGAAAUUCUCACUAGUGGAUCUAAGGGAAAGUAGUCCUUGCCCUGGUGAUUGAUUGGUUGGGGGAAACAUUUUGUUCCUAGAGGAAGAAAGAGGGCCUUUCUUUCUUUCUUUCUUUCUUUCUUUCUUUCUUUCUUUCUUUCUUUUAUUUCCUUUAUUUCUUUUAUUUCCUUUAUUUCUUUUUUUUUGUUUUGUUUUUUUUCUUUAUGUGAAAACUUUGGAGCAGAAUGACAGUUAGCACUAAUAUGGCACUUUAUAAAUUGUGAUGUAGCUUUGCUAGUCACAUAGUGAAUGUGUACUGUUUGCAUUCAACCCUCAACUGUGUUAAUGGUCGCUUACUGAACUGACUGCCUGGACUUCAGACAAGUUACAAUGCCUUGUGUGCCUCAAUAAAAACAAAAAACAAAAGAACAAAACUUAGACUGCACCUCCAGUUGUCUGUUUGCAUAAAUGUUUGAUUGAGA